AUGUUUAACUGUUAUAGUCAGCCAAUUACUGACUUGACAUACUUAAUUACUCUUCUGGAUUCAGUGGAACGAUUUUUAGAUAAUGAACAUGAUAUUCUUAUUCUAGGAGAUUUGAAUGCUAAGAGUGAACUAUGGGGCUCCCCAUUUGAAGAUCCCAGGGGGUGCACACUUAGAGAAUUUUUAACUGCAGAUAGAAUAGUAGUAGGGAAUGAUCCGGAAUGCCCCCCCCCAAUGUACAACUAUACUCGGGGCAAAAGCUGGAUAGAUAUUAUUGCUUCACGAUCAGCAUCCUCCUUAGCCUUUAUUCAAAAUUGGAAUGUAAUGGACAGCGUCACCUUAAGUAAUCACUGCUAUAUUUACUUUGAAAUCACAUAUCAAAAUCUUACACAAAAUUCACAUGCAAAAUAUAAAUUAUCUAAAAUAGACUGGCUAUUUCUUAAGGAGAAACUUGGCAACUUUUUUGGACCUAUUGGCCCACAAUUGAUCAAAGAUAUGGUGGAUCUCAAUGAAUUAAUCAUCAAAUGGACAAAAAGUAUUCAAGACUUUUGUGAUUUAGCUAUUAAGGCUAAGGGAAAAUAUAUCACAACACAGCAUAAAGGAGUCCCUUGGUGGACACCUGAACUUUCUAUAUUACGAAAAAGAAUUUUGGCACAAAGAAAGCGCUAUCAAAAACGCACUUACGAUGAAGAACUAAGAUCUCAUUAUAAACAAAUUUAUAAGAAGGAAUUAGCUAACUACAAACGAAAGAUAAUGACAGCUAAAAGAAGAACAUGGAAAUUAUAUUUAGAAUGA